AUGGCAGCUAGGCACCGGAAGGGUGGUACAGCUGAACGCUUUUUUUGGGCUACAGGACUGUUGCUAAGCAACGAGAGUAGUAAUUGCUUCGUACUCAAGUCUUGUUACCUGAUGUUCAUUUGCAUUGCUAUAGGCCACUCAUUUCGGCUUGAUUUGGGUGCUCACAGUCAGUUGCGUGUGGCGAUGAGGCCUUGUUGUUCGGAUUCGACACUGAAUGAUCAGGUUUUCACACUGCCAUCUGUCCGUGCCUUGAAGUUCUGCUGCAUUUCUACUUCCCUGUUAUGUGUCGUUUUGCUUCUCAUUACGUUCCUCCGUCGUGACUUGGCUGGUCAUCGGUAUUUUAAAGUAGCUUAUUUGAACCCAUGGACAGAAUCACGUACGGUCAUAACAUCUCAGCCGUCGCUUCCUCGGAUCCUUCCUCUUGAUGUGCCUUGCCCGGUUCCUCCUUCCAGUGAUUCAGUUGGAGCAAUCACAGUUUCUCUUGAACCGCCAUCCUGGGACAGUCUACUCAUAAAAUACGUGGAGUCAGAAUCGAAUCGCUCAUUGGCAAACCUUGUUACCCCGCUGGUGCCAUCAAGUACGGUCGCCGUCACACGGACUUCCUCGGAUUCGGGGAUCGUUUAUUCUCUCGGUGUCUGGUCUCCCAUAGAAUGUAGUCCCAAACAAACGGUGGCUGUCAUUCUGCCAUACCGUGCACGGGAUGAACAUCUUCGUAUUUUUCUCAAUCAUAUGCAUGGUUUUUUUCGGCAUCAGCGGUUGCGCUACACUAUUUUUGUAAUUGAACAGUUAGGCACAACACAUUUCAAUCGCGCCGCUCUUUUCAACAUUGGUUUCUUGGAAUCCACUCGCGUUGCACACUUUGAUUGCUUUAUCUUCCAUGAUGUGGACCUCCUACCACAAGACGACCGCAUCCCUUAUCAGUGUGGUAAACAACCUAUACAUCUUUCUGUAGCGGUCGACAAAUUCGGUUACAGACUACUGUAUGAACAAUUAUUCGGAGGUGCUGUGGCUUUCAGCAGGGAGCAGUUCGUUCGUGUACGUGGUUUUUCCAACGUCUACUUUGGUUGGGGUGGCGAGGAUGACGAUAUGUUUGGUCGCGUACGUCAUGCCGGCUAUUAUAUCUUUCGACACUCGAACCAGGUUUCCAGAUACACCAUGAUCAAACAUUCUAGCGAAAAGCUUAACGAGAAAAACGAGGCUAGAUACGGCCUACUUAAGGAGGCAUCAAAACGUUUUGCGAACGAUGGCUAUCCGGAAUCACUAUACACGGUUGUCUCCGCCGGUCCCCGGUAUGGUGGAUUGGUGUAUUGGGUUAGUAUCCAUCUGGCCGAGGAAAAGAUCCGGCAGAAAUAUCACUUGAAACGGUGAUACGACUGUCUGGCUGCCGUCUUCUGAACUGUUCCCGCCUGAUCCUCAGUCUGAGCUUUGUGAUUUCUUAGUCUUCUCUACCAUUGCUCCGUUGUUUUUUAUACGGUCUAUUCUGAUUAUCGGUAUGUAUUGUUUGACUGCAUUUUACCGUACACGAUUUUCGUUACAUCUUCCAACUGUGUAUUAUUCUUUCCUCCUGAAGUGCGAAUAUCCCCCUUUUGUGUGUCCGAAACCUUCCAUCCUUCUCUUUGGCACAUGGGUGUACCCUGGAAUGAAGUUCCAACUGACUUGAUGAAACGUUGUAUUCCCCACCCAAUGUUGUCCUCCAUUUGUGAUAACUGCAACAUCAGAUCAUGUAAGAAUUUUAUCAGUUCCUUUCUCUAGUUAUGCUUUGCUCCCUGAUUCGCUCAAUUUAUCAUGUUGGUCAACGAUUGGCGCACGACGUCGAUGAGAGCUUUGAUUAUUUUGUCGUUAUCAGUUUAUUCAAUAACCG